AGAAAAUAUAUUAGUCUACUUUUUGUAAACUUUUAGAAACAAUAUAUAAAGAAGCUGAGACAACCCAAGAAGAAAUGAGGAUUAAUAAGUGUGAUUGAUUUUGAUAUAGACUGGGACGUCUGAAUGGGAGGCCAUCAGUGUUGCAGCAAACAGCAAGUAAAGAGAGGUCUAUGGUCUCCUGAGGAAGAUGAGAAGCUAAUCAGAUACAUAACCACCCAUGGUCAUGGUUCUUGGAGUUCUGUCCCAAAAUUAGCAGGUUUGCAGAGGUGUGGUAAGAGUUGCAGAUUAAGAUGGAUAAAUUACUUGAGACCAGAUCUAAAGAAAGGUUCAUUUUCUGCACAAGAAGAGAGAACCAUUAUUGAUGUUCAUAGGAUUUUAGGGAACAAGUGGGCUCAGAUAGCCAAACAUUUGCCAGGUAGAACAGACAAUGAGGUCAAGAAUUUUUGGAAUUCAUGCAUCAAGAAAAAGCUCAUUGCUCAAGGCAUAGAUCCUAACACUCACAAUCUUCUCCCUUCUUCAAAAACUAAAACAAUUAUUAACAACAACAACAACAACAAUACUACUAUUGCAUGCAAUUUCUCUCAUCAUCAUCAUCAUACCCUUCAAAAACCACCCUCUUCAGUUUUCUCUAGUAAUUCCCAUGAUAAUGGGAAUGUUACCAGUCAAACUUCCAUAAACAUGAAGAUGUGGGUAGAAACGCCGCCGUUUUUAACGACGUUACCUUUUCCUUGUCAUGGUGAUCAUCUUAGUCCUGCUAUCCCUGAUCAUCAAUCUUUGGAAGAAAGCUCAAUCAUAUCAAUCCAUGAAUACCAAGUUCCUAAUAUGGUUUGUUCUUCUUCGACGAAGACGAAUAAUGAUAUUCUUCAUGAACAAAAUCCAAAUGCUUUAUUGCUAGAGCGGAGCCAAGCUUCAACGGGGAUUAGUAUCCCAAUAUCAUCUUCUUCACCAUUAAAUCCAUCAGAGUUUGAGAUGAAUAUAAAUGAGGAGCAUUGCAUUUGGGAUGGUAGCAGCUUUGAGCCAAUUGGGUCCACACAAGAUGAAGUACUAAUGCAGCAGCCACGGCCUGAAAAGAUCAACAAUAUUGAGUUGUGUAGUGCUGGGCAGAACAUGAUGAUGAAUGAUUCAUAUGAGAGCUCUAACAAUGAUUUUGGUUUUGUAGAGUCAGCAUUAUUGCCUUGUGGAAUGUAUUGCCAUCUGAGUCCAAUGGAUCAUCCUGCAUGGAAUUGUUAGACCACUUACUUUUUCUUUAUUUUUGUUUUAAUUUGUUUUGUAUUUUUGUAUUUUUGUAUUUUUUUCUUAUUGGUAUUCUAUUAUACCUGUGGCCUUCUUAGGGAUGGGGUGUGGUUUUCAUGAUGUAGGGUAUUUUCUAGAUGUCUGUGAUUGUCAUGUAUAUAUGCCUCUCCUACAAUUUAUAAAUAUAUAUAUAGCCAGAAAAAUUAAAUGGAUGA